ACUUCCGGAAACACAGCGUACCGCGCAUGCGUCAAAUUGAAACGGCUGUGGCGGUAAAACGAGACACCUCCUUGCUAAGCAGUCAACAAAACAUUGUUUUUACCAAAACAAUCUGAAAGCGAAGAUGGUUGAAGGUCCGGGGUGCACAUUAAACGGGGAGAAGAUCCGCUCGAAGGUCCGUAAAGGACAAGAAGUGAAAGAGAUGAGAGGCGGCAUGUUCACGGCGAAGGGAAACGACACGGAGAGAAACAACGCCAUCCACCGGCUGAAAGGUUGUCAGUACACCGGCGUGGACACCCUGGGGAAAGAACUCUUCUUGUAUUUCGGUGCAGACACGAUAAGAGUCCACUUUGGCAUGAAUGGCUCGAUGCGAAUCAACUCUGCUGAGAGGAAACACAGCAGUGGCUCACUCCCAGUACUGGAAAUACACCUGACUAAUGACACCGUGUGCUUCUUUGACAGCACUGUGGAAAUGAGGUUGACAGACGACUGCGAGCAGAGGCUGAGAGCUCUUCAGGCCCUGGAUGUGUGCUCCCCGAAGUUCAGCUUCAUCCGCUCAGCGGAGGCAGUGAGACGGCGCGGAGGCAGGAUGCUCUGCGACGUCCUCCUCGACCAGGCCGUCAUGCCGGGAGUCGGCAACAUCAUUAAAAAUGAAGCCCUGUUCGACGCGGGCCUGCACCCGGCCGUGAAGGUUGAGCAGCUGUCAGAACAGCAGGUCCACCACUUGGUGAAGAUGACGCGUGAUUUCACUCUUCUCUUCUACAAAUGUCGCAAGUCUGGCUCUCCCCUGCACAAACACUACAGCGUGUACAAGCGCCCCCAGUGCCACCUGUGCGCCAGUGCCAUCACGGUUUGUCGUCUUGGCGACAACGGCAGGAUGACGUACUUCUGCGACCGCUGUCAGAAAGCGGAUGCCGGAAGCGUUAAUGUCAGCAAACUUCCUGUCAGGAACAGUCUGAUCGGCUGGGUCAGCAGCAGGGGAGCCGAUGAAAAGGUAGCAAGGAAGGAGGAGGAAGACUGGGCCUGUCACCUGUGCACCCUCAUCAACCGGCCCAGCGCCAGAACCUGCGACGCCUGCCUCACUCCGAGAGCUCAGGUUCAACAAGAGGCCACCGUCACUGAUGGAUCGCCGCCGCCCUCCACCAGUCUGGUGAGGUACCCCUGCGCUGCCUUCAAGAAGCCUCAGGAGGAGCGCAAACUCAACUGGCGCGCCGCAUUUGGGACUUCCACGCUGAUUUUCUCAGACUUGAGCGAGAAGCCCAGGCCCGCAGACUCCCCGCUCUGCAGUAAUUUGAAUUCUUCGCCGCCCGAGCGAGACGGCCCGUUUAAAUCCGGCACCUGCCGAGGGACGCCGGGCCCCAAUUACGCCUCUGGUGGCAGGCAGAGGCAGCGCGCCCAACCGCCCGGUGGGGAAACGCUGGCCUCGUACAGUCAGCCGUCGAAGAAAAUGAAAAUUGAUCACAGUCCUUCUCCCGGUAACAAGUCGAGUGCGCCGGGUGCCACAGCCCCCCUUUGUUGUGCAUCCCACGGCCGCCCAGCUCUUCUCCGAGUGGUCCACAAGGACGGGGACAAUAAGGGACGACAGUUUUACGUCUGCUCGCUGCCUAGAGAGGCACAGUGUAAAUUCUUUGAGUGGGCAGACUUGCACUUUCCUUUCUGUCACCACAGCAAACGAUGCUUGAUGAGGACCGUCCUCAAGCUCGGACCCAACAACGGCCGCAACUUCUACACCUGCAGCUUGCCAAAGGGUAAACAGUGCGAUUAUUUCCAGUGGGCAGUUAACGGACCGGGUGUAGCUAUCUGCUAAAUACAGUUUAAAAACAAAGCAGAUGCAUUGUCAUUAAAUAUCAUGGAUACUCCCAAAACACAUUUUCUGAAUGAAUACAAACAACCCUCUAAAACGACUGUUAAUAUGAUUGACAUAUGUUUUUACACAUUUAUUAAAGGUUUAAAUCAAUUACAAAAAGCACAAUCAUUUAUCAAACUGCAGCAACGUGGAUCCGUGGUACAUAGUGUCAUAAAAACAAAAUUAAAAGCAGUCCACAGACUUCAGGAGUGGCACAUUGGACUCUGCGUUUGACACCAUGUAGUGAAACUGGGUGAGGCCAGGGACCUUGUUGCACGCUGCACCUUUUUUUUUUUUAAAGAGAAAAGAGGAGAAAUCAAAUUAAGGUUGAUUGGCAACACUGUAGACAGACUUUUAUUACUGACACUUCAUUCCGAACUCAUAGUGGAUGUUUCUGCUCAUGCUGAUGACUUUGUUGUUAGUUAUUGUAUUGCACUAAAGACUUCUGCACUUUCACCCUUUUAUUUCACACUUAAACAUCUUAAAUCACUAAAUGUUAGUGAAGUAUGUGCAACUAAUAUAAGAAAACUUAGUUUAUUCUAUAAAGCCUGGCUUCUUAACCUAACUUUUCCACUACAGACGGGCCCAUUCAAAUAUCACCACUGAAUUAGUAAUCUAAUGGGGUUGUUGAUUUUCGAAUGAAUCGUGAUUCUUUCUUGUAACAAUUAAAAAAAAUAAAAAAUCGAUUUAAAAAAAUAUAUAUAUAUUAGGGGUGUAACGGUACACAAAAAUUUCGGUUCGGUACGUACCUCGGUUUAGAGGUCACGGUUUGGUUCAUUUUCGGUACAGUAAAAAAACAACAAAAUGUAAAUUUUUGGGUUAUUU